UAGUCUCACAGGUUCAAGUGGAUAUAUGCGGGUGUUCACUUAGUCUUUUCAUUGAAGAUAAGAGGAGAGUUAGUGAUAUAAGCUACAGUGAACCUUGGCCUCCAGAUUCCUCAACCCUAUGCAUGGAAAAAGAAGGCAGAUAGCUGGGAUGUCCCUUCCAAUCCUACCACUGGAACAAAUUUGAUUUGGAAAUUACUUUUCAGCUUUAUAAAGGUUACAUUAGUUAAUUAUGUCUAAGAAGAAGAAGCGUAAGGAGAAAAAGAGAUGUUUAUCUUCCAGCUCUUCUGAAGCGCUGGAUGCAAAAACAGAAUCUUCAAGAAAGAAGUACUCCAAACAAAAGCUGAAAGAUGAAGGUUCUUGCAGUAAGAAACAUAAGAGACACAGAAGAGAAACCAGGUCACCUGGACAUUCAGUGAUUCCUGGCUAUAGUAGUAAAAUUAAGGAUAAGAAGCUUAGGCAAGACAAUGGAAGCCAGGCAAAGCUUUCCAAAUGCAAAACCUCAGAUGAGAGAAAUUUCAGCGUAAAAUCUAAGAUCAGAAGUUACAAACAGGCACCUGGGAACAUCACAAAGUGUCAAGUGAAGCUACCAAACCAAAGUACAUGGAAGGAGUCUUCUACAAAACAAACCUUUGAGGAAAAAGCAAAAGUUGAAGUAAACAGUGAAGCAUAUAUUGAACAUUUACUUUGCACGUCUAAUUAUGGAACAUCCAGAGACCUUUCCAGAAGUGCUGUUCAAAAAAGUAAUAGUGACAGAUUUGCAAAAGAUUGCAACAUUCAGCAAAAUGCCAUGCUUCAAAAUACAGAACUCAAAAAUAAUUACGUUCAAAUAUCAAAAUUCUCUGAACAGCUUGGUCAAAAACUAAAUGCAAAGAAUAAAACAUUUACUAAAUCAGCAAGUCCUUGCAAACAAAAGUCAUCUACUACACAUCCCACACAUGCCUCACUUAUUAAGAUGAAAAUUGCCAAAAAAUCCAUGAUGUUGAAAACAUCCCAUAAAGUGAAUGAAUCUGUUCCUACUCCUAAUUCAGAGAAACUGUCAAAUUGUGAAACCAUUAAUUGUUCUGUAGCUGAAAAAAUGAAAGAAGGGAGUUCUUGUCAUGCUUCAGAGUUUUUUAAAAACAAAUAUAUACAAAGAAAGAAAGUGGAAUGUACAAAUGAUUUCAGAUUGCAAAGUCCACCAAAAGAACCUUUCUUCACCAGUUUUACUAAACAAGUAUUGGUUUCAUCAAGCACUGUUAGAAACCAGAAGGCAUCAAAUGAGCACAAAAAAGUGGAAACAAAAUGCAUUGAAGAAAGCCCUAUUUUCAGUCAAACGAUCUCUAAAAUACCAAGCUCCUGUUCUGAAGUGCAGGAUGAUCACAGUACUGAUCAAGAGAUGCAGCUAGCAGAGGAGCUUCAUGUAGCUCGCUCUGAAAAACGUCUGGAGGUUGAUGUAGUGAACUGCUAUGGGGAGUUGACAUCUAUGGAUAUUGACCUUCCUGAAGAAGAUGCAAAAUUACUUAUAAGGAAAAAGAACUUGGCACAAAAUCUGCUUAUUGUCCUGGACACAAAUAUCCUUCUCAGUCAUCUAGACUUCAUCAGGAUGCUUAAGGAACAUGGAAUACCAGGCAUGGGUUUCCCUGUUUUAAUUAUCCCUUGGGUGGUUCUACAGGAACUAGAUGCUGUCAAGAAUGGAAAGCUGUCUCUUUUAGUGGUAAAAAAGGCAAUUCCAGCAGUUAACUUCAUAUACACCUGUUUGAAAAGCCAAGAUCCACGAUUAUGGGGGCAAUCUAUGCAGCAGGCCUCCCAGGAAACAUAUGGUUUGAGUAUUGAAAAUAAUGAUGAUCGUGUGCUGCAGUGCUGUCUUCAGUAUCAGAACAUGUAUCCAAAUGUAAAUGUUGUACUUUGCACUAAUGACAAGAAUUUGUGCUGCAAAGCCAUGCUCAGUGGAAUGAAAGCUGUUAGUAAAUCUGACCUUGUUAUUGAGUUAGAAAAUCUUGGGAAUAGCAGAUGUGUACACUCAAGUCAAGAUUCCCAAGACACCUCGCAUCAGAAAAAGGAAUCAUGCAGCAGACAGUGUGAAAAUAAAGAGGAGUCCCAAGACAACAACAGCUUAUCAACCUAUGAUGUGGCCAGCGUUAUCAGUACUAUUAAAGAAUCUUUAAGAAAAGCACUUUCCGUGGUAUUAGAAACUGAGAUGAAGAUUGCCUUUGAUAAUCUUUGGACAGAGAUUGUUUACGUGAAGCCUCCCUGGACACUUUCUGACAUACUGAAGUGUUUUAAAAAACACUGGAUUGCUGUAUUUGGACAACUUGUGUCACGGAAUCUCCUUCAUAAUGUUAAUUCACUGUAUGACAGUCUUUACAAAGGACAAAACAUUGACAGACCAUCUAUUAAGAUUAUACUCCAAGAUGCCCUACAUGUUCUGUAUUCUUUCAGUUCACGAUCAAGUUAUGAUGGUAUUCUCUCUGAGGCCUGUGUAACACUUAGUCAAUUAGCACAGUGCGUGUUUCAGUCUGACUUUAAAGUUGCAGAGAAUUACUGUACUGCAUUUGAAAACAAAAUUCCAAGUAUUACUGUGAGGUCUUCUGAAAAUGAGCCAAUAAUGUCAGGUGAUUAUGACUCUCCACAACAAGCUGUCUGCCACCAAGAUAUAUGGGCAGUGUUUGAAAGGAUUUGGAAUGCAGUGUGUCAGUACAGCAAAGCUAUUUUUGAAACUUUCAACUAUCCAUGUACAUUGGAAGCUGUGCUGCCUGACAUAAAUCGCCCAACUCCCCAUGAAGCAUUUGUCUGCUUACAGAAACUAAUGUUACUUGGGAAAGAACUUCUGAAGGCCUUUGAGAGGGUUCUUGAAACAAAUGUGUGUUUUGAAGAUGUGCAAGCCCUUCAUAACUUUAUCACCAACUGUGAGAUCAUUUCUGUUGAUCAGAGGUUCACCGCCCAGAGGUUAUAUGAAUGCAUAAGCCAAUACGAAUACAGAAUGAAGCUGGAAGUGGGGAAAAAUCAGUUAGCAGAGCUGAGCUAUAAUCUGGAACGAUGCAACACAGCAAUCUGUACAGAAGCCAGGAACAUGGGCUGGAUAUAAGCCUAACUGAAAUGUAUCAUUUGAGAAGGUUUAAAGGUCUUCCACUUUGUGAAGCGCAGUUUAUACACAAUAGUGUAUUUGCUGACGUUAUGAAAUUUUAACACAGAGUUGCUUUUAAACUACUUUUUUACAGUUUUUUAUGUAGAUAUAAAAUAGGGGGAGGGGAAGAACACUCAGAAUCUUUAAGAUCUAAGGCAUGUGUUUUUGAAACAGCAUCUAAUUCCAGUUUAAUUUUCAUUCCAGUUUUAUUUGCGGUUCAUUUAUUCAGUACAACACUAUACUUUAUUAUUAGUAAUUAUUUGGUGUACAGCAAAAUUGACUUUGCUUUUUUAUACUCAUAUUUUGCAAAAAAUGUCUUGUAAAACUAUAAUAAAUAUCAAAGCCUUUUAAAUAUUCUGAGUCUGAAGAAACCUGUACAAAAGCAGGUUAAGUAACAAAUGUUUGUCAUUAGCUUAUACAGUAUAGAAAGCAAAAAUUCAUCUAAAGUGUAUUCAGAUAGUCUUUUAUGGCCAAAGUACAGAUGGAAAAUCUAAAUAUUUGCUUUUUCCCAAGUGAAAUUAUAAUGGUUUCACAAAGGUGCUUUUACCUCUUUUCCUCCCAAUUACAGUGUUUUUACAGUGUAAAUAGGUUUCUUUAAAUAAAUCUUAUAAUGACAGGA